AUGGCUACAACCAUGUCCUUCUAUAGAUAUGGGCUUGCUAUCCUUGUCAUAUGGCUGCUUAUUGACAGAUGCCAUUGUACCUCUAAUGCAAUAAAGGUUUCUGCAAAGCCACAAAUCAAACCCUUAUAUCUGAAUGUAUCGGAAUUUAAUGGAGACAGUGUUGUUACUAUGCAUGGAAGAUUCCAAUGUCCUCCUGAUACGACAGCAGAAUUUGAAGGGAAAACCAUCAGCUUUGACAAAGUUUCGAACUCAAACGAUGGCUCAUCAACCUUUGAAAUGGUUCUCUUUGAUGACACUUGGGGUUGGUUGCCCCUACUUAAGUUGAAGUCAAAAUCUGCCUUAGAAGAAUUGUACAUUCAUUUGAGUGAUGCAGUAGACGAAUAUGUACAGACCAGUUUCUUGGGAAGAAACUGUUUAGUUGGAAUCAACAGGUCAUCCGAAAAGCAAUCUACAACCUAUACAUCCGUUAUUCAGAGCUGUAACAGCGCUUCAGUUAGCGAGAAAUUUGACAUUGGACUGAAUAAGUCUGGAGAGAUUAUAAGGCUCAAUUCAGACGACGUAUUCUGCCUUAGAUCUAAUGAAGAAUAUCGAAAGUAUUUCAAGUCGACGUGUUCUAUGUAUGUAUCCGACGAUCCGUUGUAUGUUACGUUUUACGAAGACAAGAUGGCUGCUGACAACAUUGAGCUUUACUAUCUAACGUACCAAUUCUCACCAACUGGACCAUGCAGCGGAACCUGUAUUGCGCAUAUGAAAAGAUGGUUUUUCUCAGUCGUUUGAUUUCAGGAGAUGUAAUUUUCUGCAAUAAUUAAAUAUUUUCAAGAGGCAAUU